AGGAGACUGAGUUAAACUUGCAAUAUUUAAUGGCCUUCACGGACAAGUCACCGGAACCGACCCCGACGAAGGGUCCGGAACCAACUCCGGGAAAGGCGAUGGAAGUGGGACAACACAUGAUCGACAAGGGUGCAAUGGUGAUACAGUCAUUGGAGCCAAUAAAGCAGAUUAGUCACCACGCGUGUUCCUUCAAUUGCAAUGAUGCGCCGUCUACGAUUCCGAUGAAUCAAAUGCUCGUCUUCUUGGAACAUAAACUUUGGCAUUCUCAUGUUUAUGAGGUCAAAUCGGGUCUCUGGGUGAACCCUAGAGUUCCAGAGCUUAUUGGGAAACUGAAGCUGGAAAACCUAGCCAAACUUACGGCAAAUUCUGGUGUACGUGAUAGGUUGACAGAGGGGACAUGCUUCCUAUUGGUGAUUUGCACUAAUGAUGUCUCCACACUGUCUCCACAAGCAGUAAGUCCUGGUUUGGUGAGGGCAGAGCUGGUGCGUGAGAGGGAUGCCAAGUACAGUAUUUCCUCAGAGAGCCUGAAAAGCUCAAAGGGUGGAGAUUCCUGAUCCAGAGAUGAUCAACCCCUUGGCUGACUACUAGAAGCAGCAUGGUAAAGGAUUUGCCAUUGAAUCGACGAGACUUAGAUCAAGUUGAGGGCACCUUUUCCUUGACUCACUCAACAUACCAACUCUUUCUCUCAUUUUCUUAGCUAAUAAAUCAGAGUUAUUAAAUUUUACAUUU